ACAUAUUCUGACGUCUGCAUGUGAACCAACCGCGAAUUAAAAUAACGGCGUAAUUUAUCAAACAUUAAAAUUAUUAUAUAAAGCUGGUAAUAUGCAGUCCGCUAUCUAGUUGUUUUUUAUACGUCGAUGUGCUGGUUAUAUCACAGACAUAUAAUAGUUUGUAUUUUGUUUUUUUUAUAUAUUCGUGGUGUACACAGUCUGUUAUUAUUAUUAUCAUUAUAUGAUAAGUAGUAAUAUUCUGUUAUCACUUCUACGUGAUUGCGGUGCCCAAUGACGUUACAGAACGCGGAUCGUAUGAUUCGGGAAGGUGAUCUGAGUUGCUUUAUUGUUGGCACCUCCGUUCCGAUGUUUUUAAACGAUGCUUAUCAAUAACGGUGUUCGGCGCUCGUCAAAUACUCAAAUAACAAAUAAAAUUAACUGGCAAAGUGGCAACGAACAAGUACGGAGUCGACUCAAGACCGAAAAUAAAAUAUAAAAAUACGUUUCGGUAAUUUAUGACAAACCCGAUUCCCGUCUUAUUCUUGGCUUAUUUUACCAUACAAAAAGUAUCAAAAAUGUUGUUCCUAGUUGGAUUUUUCACUAAAUAUCCCGGUCAUCUCAUGAUGGCACCUAUAAUUCCCGUCUAGGUAGUACAUCGAAGUUCAACCUAUACAAUUGUGUUAACCACAUCAUAGUUGAAGAUACGGUUGAAUUUUAAUAUAUUUUUGUACUUUGGUGUGUCCAGAUCUCUGAGGAGAGAUCCCAUGGAUUCGAGUAAUGCUGCAAACGUUUCAGAUGACGAAGAAUCGUUUUAUGGCGUUUUUGUGGAUACUGACAUUGACGACAGCAGCACUCCUAGAGUGUUCACUAAUUUUCAAGAAACACUUUCUGCAGUCAAAUCCAACAAAACCGCCAGAUUCAAGCUGUUUAGAUCAGCAACUGAAGCUGAAAGAUUUAGCGUCUUUGGGCAAGAAAUACCUAUAAAACAGAUAGAAAAAAGUACACCUAAUGCAUCUACUAGUUUUACUUUUAAGUCUUUAAAAUCUGAAGAUCUGGUUGCAUUUCGUCGUCUAAUUGAAAGCGGAGAACUAGAUAAAGUGAAACUGGCUGUGAAUUCAAAUCCGAGGUUUCUUGUUAGCAGUGGUGAUACACCAUCAAUAAUUCAAGAAGGAUGUCGGUAUAAUGCUAUGCAUGUAGCGGCUCGAUUUGACCAACCACAAAUUGUUCAUUUUAUAAUGGAGUGUGUUACUAGUUCAGACUUUAUAAAAAGUUUAUAUGGUACGGAACAAUCAUAUCUAUCACGGAGUGAAAUCAUUGCAGAUUUGUACUUGAACACACCUGAUAAAGCUGCAAAUGAUACACCUCUACAUAUUGCUUCAAAAUUUGGCCAUGUGGAUGUAGUAAAAGAGCUUAUUUCGUAUGAUCAAUGUAUAUUAACAUCUCUAAAUAAAUAUCUUCAAACUCCUAAAGAUGUUAUAUGCUCAAGAAACAACAAGGAAAUGUAUAAUGAUAUAUUACACUUAUUAGAAAAUGGAUAUUUUGUACCAAUGUUUAAAUCUGAUGAUGAUUGUGUUCAACCGACAAUUGGUAAACCAUUUUCACCUAAAUCCUCAACAAUAAUUCCACCAUUACAGAAUGACAAUCCUAAAUCAUUAAAUCCUAUACUUGAGUUAAGAGCAGUGGCUGGACCAAUGAAUGAAUCACAAGCCCUAAAUUUUUGGAAGGAUUGGAAAUCACCAGUGAGAAAAACACUUUUAUCUCCUUCACCAAAAAAGUAUUCUUCAAGCCCAAAACAAAAUGAGUUUAAAAAUAAAAGUAUUGAAAAAGCAGGAAGAGAUUUAGCUGAAAAAAAGAAUGUUGGUUGGGCUGAAUAUUGGCCAUUCCUUGAUAAAAUAGUAGAUCUUAAAUCAAAUAAAGGUUUAGAUUUACUUGAAAAAUACUUGAAACAAAGAUUUAGUAUAAAAGAACAAGAUUUUCCUGUUAAAGCAUCGCCACGAGCUGCUUUACUAAGUCCUAUGGAUGAAUUGUGUAAGGCGUUGGAGUCUAUGCGAAUUGGAGCUAUUCUAAAUAGACGAAGCCCUCGAGAAAAUACUGUUGUGUCUUAUACUUGUGUUGUAAAAUCUUGUAAAGUUUUGGCAGAGCGUUUAUCUAAUGUAAUAAUAUCUGAAAAUAAAAAUAUGCUAGGCAUUGAAUCAUUAGCUAUUCGGUUAUGUCAUGAAGUUAGACAUUUAAUGGUUUUGGAAGAUAGCUUUUACUCUGAUAGUCGUUUUGAUUCAAAGGUUAAAGGAAGAAUUCAUGGAAGAGUAGCUGAGCAUCUUUGUCAAUUGUUAAUUAAUAAUUUGGAACUUGUCAGCAAUGUUUCUUUAAUAGUUACAAAACUUCAAAAGUAUUAUGCAUGUCAUGCAAUUGGGAGUCGUAGUGAAAUCACUGGAGCUUGCUUGGUAACUCAAAUACAUAAGAUUCUAACUGAAAAGUCUUCUAUUAUACAUAAUAUGCAAUCUGAUGAUGAUGAUGAACUAAGUUGUAAGCAAUGGUUUUUGACAGCUGUUCCUUGUUUAUGUAAUAUUGAAACUAAAAGGUUAAAACCAAAACAACUAUUCUGUGAUGAUGGACCUGUUAAAAGACUAAAUGAGAUUGAAGAAUCAAAAAAUGUCACGAAUGAAAACUAAAUUGAACUUAUUAUUUAAGUUUACAAUAAUGCAAGCCAGGGGUUGUUUCUAAAUUGUACAAUUGAUAAUAUUAAAAUAUAUAAGAACUCAAUUAAUUGUCUGGAGCAGUGAACGGUGUAAAAUUUUUGGAUGUAAUUGUACAUCUGGAGCAGUGAAAGGGUUAAAACGUUGAAAGGACAAUUCAUAAGUUCAACUCAUGAAAGAAGAGAAUUAUUAUCAAAUGGUACAAAAUAACUAAGAUUGUGUCUAUUUAUUUUUGCCUA